AUGAGCUUCAGAGCAAUAGUCAUCUUGAGCGCGUUGGGCCUGGUUAGCGCCCAACAGACGCUUUGGGGACAAUGCGGAGGCAUUAACUGGACUGGCCAAAAAACCUGCGGCUCAGGAGCGGUCUGCACAUACCUAAACGACUGGUACUACCAAUGUCUACCUGGGACUUCGACAAGUAGCAGGACAUCGACCAGCUCGAGUAGCACACGCAUUUCUACGUCUACGAGUGCUGGUCCUGCGCCUACUGGGCGCGUCGGAAAGCUGCCGGCACUCGGCUGGAACUCGUGGAAUGCGUAUCGAUGCGAUAUAAACGAAUCUAAGAUCCUCAGCGCGGCCAACCAAAUGGUCUCCCUCGGAUUGAAGGACGCCGGGUACCAGUAUGUCAACAUCGACGAUUGCUGGUCGAACAUUAACGGAAGAGAUUCUUCCACUCAACAGAUCCGCCCUGACUUCAACAAAUUUCCAAAUGGAAUCGCCAGCGUGGCCUCCAAGGUUCAUUCACAGGGACUUCUCUUGGGAAUCUACUCGGACGCGGGAACCAAGACGUGUGCCGGAUAUCCUGGGUCUCUGGGAUACGAGUCAAUCGAUGCGGCCACCUUCUCCUCCUGGGGAAUCGAUUACUUGAAGUACGACAAUUGUUAUGUGCCCUCCAACUGGGCAGACAGCGGGUCUUACUCCGAUUGGGGGCAAUCCAAAUCGGCAACUCGAUACCGCCAAAUGAGCUCGGCUCUGGCUGCACAAUCAAGACCGAUCCAGUAUAGUCUCUGUAUUUGGGGCAAUGCUCAAGUAUGGACUUGGGGUGCAUCGGUUGGACAAAGCUGGCGAAUUUCUGGAGACUCUUCCCCGACGUGGAGUUAUAUCACCGGCGUGAUCAACAAAAAUGUCGGAAUCCUCGGCUAUACCAAUUUCUAUGGUCACAAUGACAUGGAUAUGAUGGAGAUAGGGAAUGGUGCAUUGACGUUGGCUGAGCAAAGGACCCACUUCCUUAUGUGGGCUGCGUUGAAGAGCCCUAUACUUCUUGGAACCGACCUGAGUCGCCUCUCCACGGAUCAGCUCAACAUCAUCAAGAAUAAAGAAUUACUGGCCUUUUCGCAAGAUGAGUCCGUUGGCGCGCCAGCCAAGCCGUACGGAACUGCGACAACCACGCCUCCAGAGUACUACUCGGGUAAAUCUUCAAAGGGUGUCCACGUCUUCAUCAUGAACACGUCUUCAAGUACGUCCACCAAGACGAUUACAUUUGCAAAUGUUCCAGGUCUUGGAAGCGGCAGCUACAAGGUUCACGAUAUGUGGAAAGGCACGGAUGUAGGAACAUUUUCGGGGAGCUGGUCGACAAGUCUUGGUUCCCACGACUCUGGUGGAUGGCUGAUUACUCCUGCCACGUAG